AUGACAUGGUUUGAUAUCUGCGUCUUCGUCAUUAACCAAUCUGCGCAGAGCUUCACGCCUGAUGACGCAGCCUCUCGGUAUAUCCGCUGCGUUCAGCGGCCUAACCAGAGGAUUCGAGACUUUGCUUUAUGGGUUCAGCAAUUUGCGCCGCACUAUCGAAGACCUGGCUGGGAUGAGCUCAGGCAUUUGUACGAUCGUGCCUCACCUGCUAUCAAGAACCGGGCGCGCAAGGAUUGGAAAGAUUUCUCCUACUUGGCUCCCUUUGUGGACUACCUGGAAGCUGUUGAAAACACUUCUCCAGAUACACCAAAGGACAAAGGAGCCGACAAUACAUUGUUUAUGGUGCCACGAAAGCGGGGCCGGGAAGAUUGA